UUAUUCUUCAUCUUGUGUGUCUGAAAUAUGAAUUACUGUUUUUGUCUUCAGAUAACACUGUGAGCGAGAAUCUUUCUAAGAGAGUCAGAGUCCUUUGCUGGAUAAUGACUUCACCAAAUAACUUGCUAACAAAAGCCAUUCAUCUUAAGCACUCUUGGACCCGUCACUGCAACACAACAUUAUUUAUGAGCUCCACAGCCAAUGAGAGUUUUCCAGCAAUUGGACUGGGCACCAAGGAAGGGAGAGACGAGCUCUACUGGAAGACAAUAAAAGCUUUCCAGUACAUACACCAGAACUAUCUGGAUGAAGCAGACUGGUUCUUGAAGGCUGAUGAUGACACCUAUGUAGUGAUGGAAAACUUGCAGUUUCUGCUUUCCAAUUACACCCCUGAGCAACCUGUCUAUUUAGGCAAGCGCUUUAAACCUUUUGUUAACCAGGGUUACAUGAGUGGUGGAGCUGGUUAUGUACUAAGUAAGGAAUCCCUGAAACGUUUUGUUGAAGCUUUCCGUACUGGUGUCUGCACUCACACGUCUCCUGUGGAAGAUCUUGCCCUGGGUCAGUGCAUGGAAAAGCUAGGAAUUACACCUGGGGACAGUAGGGACUUGGAAAAACGGGAGACCUUUCAUCCCUUUACACCGGAAACCCAUAUAACCUCUCGUUACACGGAAUCUUCCAUGUACUGGAAUUACUGCUAUUAUCCUCUCAUACAGGGCGCACAAUGUUGCUCAGAUCUUGCAAUAUCAUUUCACUAUGUUCCUCCUGAACUCAUGUACACUCUGGAAUAUUAUACCUACCACCUGAGGGCGUAUGGAUACCAGUAUCGUUACCAGCCUCCAUCAAUGGGAUUGACUACAAAAGCUCCUGUUCACUUCAACUAAUAUACCAGGAGAACUCUGCAUGAAUUCUAAAAUACUGUGCACUCUACAACUGGAUUACUGGGACUUGUCCAAAAUGAUUCCUUGCUGUUACAGUGCCAAAUGAUUCCUUGCUGUUACUGUCAUGUGUAAUUUUAUACAUAGUUAAUUUAGGUUUUAUAAAACUUAAAACAACUGUCCAUGAAACUCUUCAGUGUGUUGUUAAUACUCUGCCUUGCAAAAUAUUUCCACUA